AUGGAUGAACACAAAUAUGAUCGUGAUCGACGAAAAACCAAUACAGAUAGACAUACUAGUAUUGCACCGGUUAUUUUUGGCAGUAUCGAUGAUACAUCUACUCAACCAUUGCCUAUCACGGUCACUCUUGAUGAUGAUUUUGAAAGUUGGAAAGGACUCAAUAAUGGUGCGACAAAAAAGGCAGACUAUAUUGCACAUAUUUGUAAACAAUUAAAUAUUCCUCGUGAUGCAUUUAUCAUAGAACGAGUGGAGUUCGGUAGUGCAGUUGUGUUUGGAAUUGUUUGCCCUCCCUAUGGAAAACUUGUGAUGAACUAUUUUUCGGUAGAUGAUGCUGAACUUGGGAAUUUGAGUCGACACGGUAAAAUAACAAUGAUUACCCUGGGUCGUUUUGGCCUCAAUGUAAAAGAUCAAGUACUUUUCCCCCAAUGGAAUCGAGUGUACAGCCGUCAACCAGGCGGCACCUACUGGAAUGACCCUUUGGAUAGAGCUGGCAAACCAUACUAUUGUCCAGUCGGCUGGACACGUUUUGCCAUCAAGGUAACAAAUACACAGGAAGAGUUUGAUCAACGUUAUAGUGAUUAUCAUGUUGCUUAUCAUGGAACAAAGAGUGCUGUGGCUUCUGAUAUUCUCAAUAAUGGGCUUCGAGGCUCUACAGGAUGCUAUCGUGAAGGUCUUAAUAUCUAUUUAUCGCCCAGUAUAGAAUAUGCGGCACAUCCUCGCUAUGCAAAACCUUGGAAGCAUAAUGAAACUGGUAAAUAUUAUCAAAUGGUACUGCAAUGCCGAGUAAAUCCUCGGCUCGUUGAAGCUGAUCUGAUUAAACCAGAAACUGUGCUAGCAAAAAAUGCAAAAACUUCUCAAAUAGAUCCGAACUUUAGCAACGAUGAACUCGAAUGGAUUUUGCCAGCAGAUAAACCAGUCAGUCGACACGAUCUCAUUUGCUACGGUCUCAUGAUACGCAUUACUUACGAUGAUCCGGCCGGUUUGCCUUCCUCAGAAUGGUGGAAACAUGUAUAUUGGGAACCAUUUCACAAAAUAGACUAUUGA